UUGUGUUUUUAGCGAGUGAAGAGCAGAAAAUGGCCGUGUGGGCUGUUUGUCUAGUGAUCAUCGCCGCGUUCGCUUCGAAGGCUGAAAGCCGAUGCUCGUUCCACGGCCAAUGCGGAACUUAUAUUGGCAUCCUUGGGGAAGUCGGGGUUCCCUGCAAAACCGAUAUGGAACCCGUUCCUCUCAACGAUACUACAGCUGAGCAGAAUUUGAAAAAGUUCUGCGGGGAUUUAUGGAAGGCAGCUCCGGAGAACCAAGCCGGAGAUAAGAUGUUCUGUUGCGACUCUGAACAAGUGUCGAAUCUGAUGAGCAAUCUGGAGAUCCCCGGAACACUCAUGUCCCGUUGCCCGACCUGCUACCGGAACUUCCGGGAGUACACUUGCCAGUUGACGUGUUCUCCGAAGCAAUCGGACUUCGUUCUAGUCACAGAUUAUGACAAUGAAACAAAUGCGAUCAAGUCGAUCGACUACGCAUUGUCGAGAAACUACGCUUACACAACAUGGGAUUCGUGUCGCGGAGUGAAGAACCCACAGACCCAGGAAAGCAUCUUGCAGCUCAUGUGUGGUCCUUACGGAACAUCGUGUUCGUAUGAGGAAUUAUUCCACUUUAUGGGAGACAUGGCGAACAUGCAGACGCCGUUUUCCAUGAACUUUUUAUUCCUCGACUCUCCUGUCGACCCGAAGACGAAUUUGACGCACUUUGAUUAUGAAGCGGCGAAUUGCAGCCAACCCGCGAAGGGCGAAGAAUACGCUUGCAGUUGCAUCGAUUGCCCAUUGUCGUGUCCUUUGCCGCCGACGUUCCCAGAGGACCUGUACCGACCUUUCGAGAUCAGUGGAGUCAAUGGUUACUACGUGGUUGUUGGAGCCGGGUUCGUGGUCUACAUCCUUGUCCUCGCCGUGGUUUUUGCCUUCAGCUGGCUCAAGACCAGGAGCAAAUUUGCCCGAGGCUGUGAGUUGUUGUACAAAAUUGGUGGACUCGAAAAUUCGGGA